GAAUUUGUUUAGUGGAAAAGAUAUUUGGGUAAUGGGUUGGUAAAGUAAAAGCCCCUUAGAAAAGGGCUACCGUGGCCCGUGGUGAAAAACCCAAAUACGGAUCAAAAACCGGGUCUACCGGAAAUUUUCUCUCUUAUAUAACUCCCCUUUCUCCAUCGUUCUCACGCUCUCCAACUUUACCAUUUUCUCUCUCAUUCGAAUUUCUCGCAACCAUGACUGCCUACAGAGGAAAGUACGCCGAUGAGCUCAUUGCCAAUGCUGCCCAUAUUGCUACCCCAGGCAAGGGUAUCCUUGCUGCUGACGAGUCAACUGGAACCAUUGGAAAGCGUUUUGCUAGCAUCAAUGUUGAGAAUGUAGAGCCUAACAGGAGGGCUCUUCGUGAGCUUCUCUUCACCACUCCCGGUGCUCUUCAGUACCUCAGUGGGGUAAUCCUCUUUGAGGAAACUCUUUACCAGAAAACCGCCUCAGGUAAACCUUUUGUCGAUGUCAUGAAGGAAGGCAAUGUUCUUCCUGGAAUCAAGGUUGACAAGGGUGUCGUAGCACUUGCUGGAACCGAUGGUGAGACAACUACUCAAGGUCUUGAUGAUCUUGGUAAACGCUGUGCCCAGUACUACGCUGCUGGAGCUCGUUUUGCCAAAUGGCGUGCUGUCCUUAAGAUUGGUCCAAAUGAGCCAUCCCCUCUCUCUAUCUUGGAGAACGCCAACGGUCUUGCUCGCUACGCCAUCAUCUGCCAAGAGAAUGGUUUGGUCCCCAUUGUUGAACCCGAAAUCUUGGUUGAUGGUCCUCAUGACAUUGACAGGUGUGCUGAGGUGACUGAGCGUGUGCUCGCAGCUUGCUACAAGGCCCUCAAUGACCACCAUGUUCUCCUUGAGGGUACCCUCUUGAAGCCAAACAUGGUUACCCCCGGGUCAGAAGCUAAGAAAGUUUCCCCCGAGGUGAUUGCUGAGUACACCGUUCGUACUCUGCAGAGAACCGUUCCUCCAGCUGUUCCUGGCAUCAUGUUCUUGUCCGGUGGGCAGAGUGAGGAGGAGGCUACCCUUAACCUCAACACCAUGAACAAGCUCCAGACCAAGAAGCCAUGGACUUUGUCCUUCUCAUAUGGUCGUGCCCUUCAGCAAAGUACCCUUAAGGCAUGGCAAGGUAAAGAGGAGAAUGUUGCCAAGGCUCAGGAGGUCUUCCUUAAUAGGGCUAAGGCCAACUCUGAAGCUACUCUUGGAAAAUACCAAGGUGGAGCUGGAGGAGCUGAUGCGUCCGAAAGCCUUCAUGUCAAGGACUACAAGUACUAAGCCGCGUUUUGUUCGUCUUCCCACCUUCGAAACUGCAGGAAAUCUGCAAGUUCUUUCCCUGGGAAGUGCGCUCUAAUCUGAGUAGUAGAGGUGUGUGUUAUUAGAGACUUCUUUUCUUUUUACUUGAUUUCUUAGUUUUGAUGAUUAAUAAUGUUAAUUAAAGGAUUUAUAAGAUAAAUUUGUCCUUGGGAAGUGAGGGCAUUAUUAUUUUUUUCUUUUAAGAUAUAUGGAAAGUGUUGCUCCAUAAAAGCAUUACGA